AUGUCAAUCGGCGAAUCAUCUUUGUCGGAGUUGCCCAUCUGGUGGCCAUCGUGGUGGUACAUAGGAGAGAUAAUACCGAGUAUUGUUAUAAACGGCCAAACAGAGCGUCGUUUAAGUUCUGCUAUAGUAGCGGAAAUCCAUUUGGAUGCCAUGGGCCUUGGAGACACAAUUAAAGAAAAGAAUGAUGCAUCAUUGCAAGAUAAAGCAAAGGCCAUGAUUUUUCUCUGGCGCCAUAUUAGUGAGGAACUGAAAAAUGAAUACCUCACUGAAAGAGAUCCACUUUGUUUGUGGAACAAUUUGAAAGACAGAUAUGAUCAUCAAAAAACAGUUAUCCUCCCAAAGGCCAGGGCUGAUUGGCUGCAACUAAGCUCUACAUUGAAAUUAUGUGGUGAUACUGUUACUGAUGAACUUCUAUUAGAAAAAACAUUCACCACAUUUCACGCCUCGAAUGUACUCUUGCAACAACAAUAUCGAGAACAACAAAAUAAUGAACUUUUAUUGAGAAACCACCAGUCCCGUCCAACUGGAUCGACACCGAUCCCAGAAACAUAUGUUGCCUCAUCCCGUGGUCGUGGACGCGGACGUGGACGUGGUCGUGGUGGUAGAAAUGAAUAUGGUCGUGGCAAAAAUAACUACCACAAUAAUGAAUAUGGUCGUGGUAGAAAUCAUUCUUAUUAUCGUGAAGGAUAUCAAUCCUCACAUUUUUGCAAUCAGAGAGCCACACCAUAUCCUCAAAGGAAAGAUCAUAAUGAAAUGAGACAAGUAAAAGGGAAGGAUGUGGCUCAACCUUCCAAGGCUCAUGAUAAUACUUGCUAUCGGUGUGGCAUGACAGGGCAUUGGCAAAGUAUUUGUCGUACACCGAAGCAUCUGGCUGAUCUGUAUCAAGCCUCAAUAAAAGAAAAGGGAAAACAAAAGGAAAUGAAUUUCCUUGAUCAUGAUGAGCCAAUUGACACCACAAAUCUGGAAAUGAAUUUCAUUAAUCAUGAUGAGCCAGUUAACAUCACCAAUCUGGAUGUAUCAGAUUUUUUUGAUGAUCGUGAUGGAAUGAUAGACUUCCUGAUUGGUGAUAGAAAUGUCCACACCAGUUAA